AUGUCUCAUCAUCAGCCACACCAAGACUCCUUUCAUGACCCUCUAAAGCCCUGGAAAUACAUUCCCUUCCAAACCCUCAGAAUAACAACAGAUGCUUUCACCAAUUUCAUGAAAGGUUUCCUAGGAAUUUGCCUGGUGGGCUCCAUAUCUUUGUUCUCCUUCUUAGCCUUCUCCAAAUGGUUUGGGUGUUCAGAGUACCAGAAUAUCUUCAUAAGCACGAGCUCUGAGUUUAGUACUGGCUACGACGUUAGAGCACACAGCCACGAAACCAACAUAUCCCAUAUUCUCUUCGGCAUUGGCGGCUCCGCCAAGACGUGGAAUUUUCGCCGCCAUUAUUGUGAAGCCUGGUGGAAACCAAAUGUCACGCGCGGAUUUGUCUGGCUCGAUGAACGGCCUCCGGAAAAUGAAUCGUGGCCAGAAACUUCCCCGCGGUUCCAGGUUUCCCAAGACACGUCUAGGUUUAAGUACACUUGCCCGUACGGUUCGAGGGCGGCGGUUCGGAUUGCGCGGAUCGUGAAAGAGAGCUUCGAGUUAGGGUUGGAGAACGUGAGGUGGUUGGUGAUGGGGGACGAUGACACGGUGUUUUUUCCUGAGAAUUUGGUUGCGGUUUUGUCCAAGUAUGAUCAUAACCAGAUGUAUUAUAUCGGUAGCAAUUCGGAGAGCGUGGAGCAAGAUCAGGUGCACUCGUACACGAUGGCGUACGGCGGCGGCGGUUUCGCCAUUAGCUACGCCCUUGCGGCGGUGCUCGUUAGGGUUUUAGAUGGGUGCAUUGAUCGGUAUGCCGCGUUUUACGGUUCCGAUCAAAAAAUCGGUGGCUGUAUGAGUGAAAUCGGCGUUCCCCUCACCAAAGAACUCGGCUUUCACCAGAUGGACAUAAGACAAAAUCCAUACGGGGUGCUGGCGGCGCACCCGGUGGCGCCGCUGGUAUCACUGCACCACCUGGACUACGUGCAGCCUCUGUUUCCGGGCACUAGUCAAGAGGAAUCUGUGAAGAAAUUAGUGGAGGCCUACAAAUCAGACCCCAGUCGGACAUUACAGCACAGUUUCUGCUACGACCUUAGCAGAAAUUGGUCCAUUUCAGUGUCUUGGGGAUACACAAUCCAACUCUAUCCCACAUUGGUGAACGCCAAAGAAUUGGCGACGCCAUUCCGGACAUUCUUAACGUGGAAGUCAUGGAACGAAGGCCCCUUCACCUUUGACGUACGUAGAAUGAGCUCAGACCCAUGCGAAAAGCCUCUGAUGUUUUACCUAAACCAUGUUCAUAACUUGGGCAAUGGUAGCACCGUGAGCAGUUAUACGAGGCCAAAAGUGGACGGAAACCAAUGCCAGAACGAGAACUAUGCACCUGCGUUGUUGGUUCACUCAUUCAAUGUCUCCGCGCAAAUUUUAAGUCGGGAGAUAUGGAAAAAGGUACCACGUCGGCAAUGCUGCGAGGUGGUCAACGACGGCGAUGGGGCGGAGGGAAUUUUGCAGGUCAAACUUAGAGGAUGCAAUCAAUGGGAAUCAGUUACGCCUCCAUAG